AUGUCCCAAAGGAGUGACCCUGGACCAGAGACCUCCUGCCAGUGUUUUUGGCAUUUCUGCUAUCAAGAAGCGUCAGGACCCCGGGAGGCCCUUAUCCAACUCCGGAAGCUCUGUCAUCAGUGGCUGAGACCAGACAGAUGUACCAAAGAGCAGAUCUUGGAGCUGCUAGUGCUGGAGCAGUUCCUGACUGUCCUUCCUCAAGAGAUCCAGAUCUGGGUUAGACAGAAGCAUCCAGGGAGUGGGGAGGAGGCCGUGGCCCUGGUGGAAGACUUGCAGAGAGCCUGGGAGAUGGGGGCUCCAGGAGGCACGGCGGCAGCCAGAACCUGGAUGGAGGAACCACCUGGAAAGAAGUUGGGAGAAAUCUGCAAGGUCAGCUCCCACGUGUGGCAGGAGGAAGGCCCGCGGGGGCGAGAUCUUCAGUGUCCCCGAGAGGAGGAGAGCACCAGUGACCCCCUGGCCGGCGGGGGGAGAGGCCACGGGCCCGUCCUGAGAAAAGCCAAGACAUGGGCCAAGCUGGCGUUGCACGGCCUGGAGGAUGAGAAGGUGGCAGGGGUGCACUGGGGCUACGAGGAAACCAAGAUUUUUUUGGGGAUUCUCAGCGAGUCUUGGAUCCAUGAGAAGCUGCACACCUGCCACCGCAACCGCCAGGUGUACCGGCUGGUGGCCGAGCGGCUGCGGGAGCGCGGCUUCCCGCGGACCCUGGAGCAGUGUCACUACCGGUUCAAAAACCUGCAGACCCACCACUGCAAAGCCAGGAGCACGCACGCCCCGGGCACCUGCCCCUUCUACCGUGAGAUGGAUGCCCUGAUGAGCCCCUGGACCCUCGCCGGCACCUUGGAUGCCCUGGAGGCGGCCGGAGGCCUUCUGCGGAAUAGAGGGGGCUCCGAAGAGAACCAGAAGGCCGCGCUGCAAGGUGUGGCGGGAGACUGCAGUGAACUGGCGGAGGAGCCCCCAGAGGACCCCAGGAGCCGUGGCGCCCCGGCUCCGAGGGGGAACCCCAGCGGACGUCCAGUCCGCCAGCUGGACAGGGCCUCGAGGCCGGAGAAAAGCGAAGAGCUCUGGGCUGACGGUCUCCGGGACUUUCGGAAAACAUCCUGUGCAGAUCCUGAAACAAGGACAGAGGAUGAGGAGAAUUCAAGCCAGAACAUUUCAGAGGCAGCAGAACUCCCGGGGGCAUUAUUAGAAAGACCCAAAGUGGAUGCUUCCCGGUACCUUGACUGGAGGAAAGACUGGGAAGGGAAAUAUGGGGGAGAAAAGCAAUGGGAACUACCCUUAGAAGACGGACGAGAGUCACUCUCUCCUCCCGAAAGAGACACGGGGAAAUUCAUAGGUCCCCAGGGAACCUACGUUGGCGAAAAAGCCUAUCCGUGCUGUGACUAUGGGGAAAAUUUCAGCCAGAGCUCCCACUUAGCCGUCCACAGGUUAGCCCACCUUGGAGAAAAGAAACCUUUUCAGUGUGGCCAGUGUGGGAAAGGCUUUGGCCAAAGCUCACAUCUGGCCUGCCACCAGAGAACUCACACCGGGGAGAAGCCCUACAAACGCCCCGGAUGUGGGAAAGGCUUCAGUGAUCAUUCUAACCUGGCCGUACACCAGAGAGUCCACACUGGAGAGAAGCCCUAUAAAUGUGGGGAGUGCUGGAAAAGCUUCAGCCAGAGCUCGAGCCUUCUAAUGCACCAGAGAGUCCACACAGGAGAGAAACCCCAGAAGUGCAGUGAGUGUGGAAGGAGUUUCACCGAUAGCUCGCACUUCAGUGCACACUGGCGAACACACACGGGCGAAAAGCCGUACCGGUGCCCUGAGUGUGGGAAGAAGUUCAGUAAGAGUUCCACGCUCACCAGCCACCAGCGGAUCCACAUAGGAGAGAAACCCUACGAAUGUGUCGAGUGCGGGAAAAGUUUCAGUGACCGCUCAAACCUCAUCACCCACCGGCGAAUCCACACUGGAGAGAGGCCCUACAAGUGUGGUUGAACCAUAGGAGACUGGCAUUUCUGCGGCAUGAGACCAGAAAUUAUCAGUAUUCGACCUAC